UGCGUAAAAAUUAUAAAUUUAGUAUAUAUGAUAAUACAUGUAUAAAUAUGUAAAAUAAAUAUAUAUAUAUAUAUAUAUAUAUAUAAACAUAGCUUAGAUAAAUCAAUUAAAAAAAUAAAUAUAUAUAUAUAUAUAUCUAAAUAUAUAUAUAAUGAUAAUAAGUAUGUUAAAUUGAAAUUAAAAAAAAAAAUACAUAAUAAUAUUGAAAGAAGAAGCAAUUAUAUUUAAAAAAAGCAACAAAAAAAAGGAAGAAAGCAAAAAAAGAAAAAAAAGAAAAACGUCAAAAGAAAAUUCAUUGCACUUAUUAUUGCUAUAGUAUUCAAUUUUUUUUUUGUUUUUAUUUUAUUUUUUGUUUUUUUUUUUUGUGAUUUUUUCUGGACGUGGUAAAAGUUCUAAAAAAAGUCCUUCAAAACGGCCAAAUUAGCUGAAAAAUUAAAAAAGACCAUCAAUAAAACUGGUGGCAUAUAUGAAAAGGAUAUUGUGGCAGCAACAACUACGGCCAGCAAUAGUAGUUCAGCGGAUACAAUGGCUUCAUCGAAUCGUGGUAUACAAAUUGGUUCGGCAUGGUUUCAACGUAAAAUUAAUUUACGCCCACAACAUCGGGGCGUACAUUUAGUUACGGAAGAAAUACUUAGACAAAUGCCAGAAUUAGGGCAAUUUUCAGUUGGCCUAUGUCAUGUUCAAAUUUUACACACAUCAGCGAGUUUAGCGUUAAACGAAAGUUGGGAUCCAGAUGUAAGGGAUGAUAUGGAAAUGAUGUUAAAUAAAAUAGUUCCAGAAGGUUUGCCAUACAGGCAUUCAUGUGAAGGACCCGAUGAUAUGCCAGCGCAUGUGAAAGCAUGCUUUUUAGGCAGCUCAUUGACAAUCCCAAUAACAGAUGGUAAAUUAUCAUUAGGCACUUGGCAAGGUGUAUGGUUAUGUGAGCAUCGUGAUCAUGCUGGUUCUAGAAAAUUAGUAAUAACAUUAUCUGGUUGUCCACGUGAUUCAGCUCGUAGUCCACUAUCACCUGUAUCUCCAAUCGCUUCUACAUCCAGUUAGGGAAGGCCCCGCUCCGCCCGCGAUUCUCGGUAAUCGCGGGGGAGCGACAAUAAUGCAGACAUCAUUUCGUCAACAUUAACAACAACAGCCGCAACAAGAUCAAUAGUUUUAUCUUCUGGUGCUAAAGCUCAUCAUAAUUAUGUGACUGCAGCAUUAACAGC